CCUCCCAGAAGCCGGCGGUUGCGGUGGUGACGGGAGGGUCCUGCAGCCCUUGGCUGCUUUUAGUGACGCAACGUCAGCGCAAAGAGGAGAAGUCAUGUCUGCUCCGGGGCCUCCAGCCGCCCAGCACAACGGCCCGGCGCAGCCUCGGCCUCCUCAUGGCUACAGGCUUUAUCCGUCAGCCGUCAGCGCUCCUCCAGCGCUCUGCUCCCAAGUGCCGAGUAAAGUUACUCCUUCCCACACGGACCACCAGUAUGGGUUUGAUUAUCACUCGAUAAACUAUGCAGCCCCACCAUUACCACAGAACCCUAAUAUUCCACCUCUCCCGACCAAUCAUUUGCAUUCAAACCAAGGUCCCCACCAGUUCAGUCAUGGACGUUCUCAAAGUGAUCACAUUCCAGCAUCCCAGCCACAGCAUCAAACCGUAGCUCCCCCUGUACAACCAUAUCCGCCAUUUACUGGUGACUACAGUUAUUCUGCCACCUCAUCCUUACCUCCUCAGGGAUUGGCCAGUCAUUCCAGCCACUAUUCUGCACCUCUGAUGUCUGGUCAUAUGUAUCAAGGCGCACCAUACUCCUCCAUGCCUGCAAGCAGUCAGUACGGACAAGGGACAUCUGCCUAUGGCACUCAGGUGACUAACAAUGCUCAGAGACUGCCGACUGCUCCUCCUCACUUGCUUCAUCAAGAUUUGCGCAGCUUAAGUGCGCCGCCUGUCCCAGUCACUGGUCCACAAAGAGCUCAUGAUGGCCUUGGGCAGAACCAAGCCGUACCCUUGGCUACACACCAUCAACAACCCAGUGCAGGGUCACCUGCAUUUGCAGGACAGACAUCAGAUAUAGGACGACCUAGUCCGGCUGUAUCCGCUUCUAACUCAGUUGCAACCUAUCCCCCUUCUGGAAACCAGCCUUCGGGGUCUCCGUCUCCUCUGGCUCCUGCGUAUAAACCUCAACCGACCGUACAGCAAGGCAUGCAGUAUGAUGGAUAUGUCAAUAAUCAAGCUAACUUUGCACCGACUCCCUUGUCAUCCAGCUCAGAUGAUGAGGAAGAGGAGGAGGAUGAUGAGGAAGCAGGCAUUGAUGAAAGUUCCUCCACCACCAGCAGUGCAUCAUCCGAGCCAAGAAAUUUUGACGUGUUGGAAGGAGGAGGAUACACAGGUGAAACUCUUUCUCCAAAGUGUCAGCCACGGGAAUCUUUUCAAUUACAUCUUUAUUUUGGUUUGUCGCUAAGUUUUUCUGAUUUUUGCCUAUUUCUAGAGACGCCUGCAGCAGCAAACAUCCAGCCUCCCGUUAAUGCUCCGUCUAGACUGUCCAAACCAUUUGGUCAUGGAUACCCAGCUCUCCAGCCAGGGUAUCAGAAUGCAGCAAGUCCCCACAGCUCCCAGUCAAGUACUCCUGUUCAUCAGCCGAACUAUCCACAGUAUGCUCCUCAAUACGGUGGCAUGAAUCAAUUACCAGCUUCCCUAGCAGGAUUAAGUCUACAGCAGGCCCAGCAGCCAGAGAGUCUUCGACCUGUGAACCUUAUACAGGACCGUAACGUUCUUCCUGUGUCGUCUUUGCCACCUCCAGCUCCGAAUCUCAAUGCAGACCUUAAAAAACUCAACUGCAAUUCAGAGUUUUUUAGGUGCACCCUCACAAAUAUUCCACAGACUCAAGCUCUUUUGAACAAAGCAAAGCUCCCCCUUGGAUUACUCCUUCAUCCUUUUAAAAGCAAGCCGCGUAUCCCCACUAUAUCCCCAAGCUCCAUUGUGCGAUGCAGGAGCUGCAGGACAUACAUCAAUCCCUUUGUAUCUUUUAUUGACCAGAGAAGGUGGAAGUGUAAUCUUUGUUACAGGGUGAACGAUGUUCCAGAAGAGUUUAUGUACAAUCCAGUCACUCGAUCCUAUGGGGAGCCACAUAAACGACCUGAGGUGCUGAACUCUUCAGUGGAAUUUACUGCUUCAUCGGAUUACAUGCUCCGUCCUCCACCUCCAGCAGUUUAUCUGUUUGUUCUGGAUGUAUCAUACAAUGCUGUCGAGUCGGGAUAUCUCCAGUGUUUCUCGCAGUCACUUUUGGAUAAUCUAGACAAGUUACGUGGAGAUUCAAGAACAAAGAUUGGCUUCAUAACAUUUGAUAGCACUGUGCAUUUCUACAACUUACAGGAAGGUCUUUCUCAGCCACAGAUGCUGAUUGUGUCUGAUGUAGACGAAAUAUUCUUGCCUACACCUGAUGGCUUACUUGUAAAUCUUCAUGACAGCUUGGAGCUGAUCAAGGAUCUGUUGACUGCCUUACCGGGAAUGUUUACCAGCACAAGGGAAACGCACAGUGCCCUGGGUCCUGCUCUUCAAGGGGCGUGCAAACUGAUGUCUCCCACUGGAGGACGGAUAUCAGUAUUUCAGACUCAGCUACCAUCUGUAGGAGCGGGACUUUUACAGUCUAGAGAAGAUCCCAACCAAAGAUCCAGCUUAAAGGGAAUACAGCAUUUGGGCCCCGCCACUGAUUUCUAUAAAAAGUUGGCUUUGGAUUGCUCCGGACAUCAAACGGCUGUGGAUUUGUUUCUUUUGAGUUCUCAGUAUUCUGAUUUGGCGUCGCUAGCUUGUGUUUCAAAGUACUCUGCCGGCUGCAUCUAUUACUAUCCAUCCUUCCAUCAAAAGCACAAUCCAGCUCAGGCUGAGAAAUUAAAGCAAGAUCUGGAUCAUUAUCUUACUCGAAAGAUUGGUUUUGAAGCAGUCAUGAGAAUCCGAUGUACAAAAGGCCUCUCAAUACAUACGUUUCAUGGGAAUUUUUUUGUGCGAUCAACGGACCUGUUAUCACUUGCCAAUAUUACUGAGGAUGCUGGAUUUGCAGUACACAUGUCCUUAGAAGAAAGCCUGACGGACUCCUCCUUGGCAUGCUGUCAGGUGGCCCUCCUUUACACUUCUAGCAAAGGUCAGCGGAGGAUACGUGUGCACACCUUGUGCUUGCCUGUGGUAAAUUCACUACCUGAUGUGUUCGCAGGAGCAGAUGUUCAGGCUAUUACUUGCCUGUUGGCAAACAUGGCUGUAGACCGAUCAAUUACUUCCAGUCUUUCUGAUGCGAGAGAUGCCUUGGUGAACGCAGUGGUGGAUUCCCUGUCCUCCUACAGGUCAACACUUUCAAAUCUACAGCAAUCCACUCUCAUUGCACCCAGCGCUCUCAAGCUUUUCCCUCUAUAUAUUUUGGCUCUUCUGAAGCAGAAAGCCUUCAGGACUGGCACCUGCACACGUCUGGACGAUCGUGUUUUUGCAAUGUGCCAGAUAAAAUCUCUGCCGUUGCUUCAUCUGAUGAAAAUUAUUCACCCAAGCCUCUACCGAAUAGACAGGCUUACUGAUGAGGGGGCGAUUCUGGUUAAUGACUUGGUUGUUCCGCAGCCACGUCUUCAGCAAUUAUCUGCCGAGAAACUUGAGCGGGAUGGCGCUUUUCUCAUGGAUGCUGCUUCAUCACUUUACCUCUGGGUUGGAAGAAACUGUGAUACCAAUUUUUUGAAGGAUGUCCUAGGAUUCCCUAACUAUGCAUCUGUGCCCCAAAAAAUGACCCAGCUUCUGGAGUUGGACAAUGUGGCAUCAGAAAGAACACACAAUUUUAUUUCAUGGCUUAAGCAGGACAGUCCAUUAAACUCUGUUUUAUAUGUGUUGAAGGACGACAGUGCUGGGAAGACUGAAUUCUUUCAACAUUUAAUUGAAGACCGUUCAGAGGCUGCAUUCUCAUACUAUGAAUUUUUACUUCACAUUCAGCAACAAAUAUGCAAGUGAUAAGGAUAUGCAAAGCAGCCUUUAUCUUGAAAAAGUAGCUCCACUUAAUACCGAGCGUCCCGGCCUUUGGUGUAUAUUAAUUCUGUUUCUUAUAAAUAGGCCACACCUUUUUCUUUCUUUUUUUUUUUUCUUUUUUUUUUAACGGUUUCCAGGCUGUUGUGAAUUGGCAUCACGGUCUCUGUUUUAGGCAGAGUUUUGUGUGUUGGGUUGUGUGGCAUUUUGGUGCAGUGUUUUUUAUUUUAUGUGAUGAAUGACUUAUACAUUUACAUUUGGCAACUGUUUUUCUCUAAAUCUAUUUUUCCGGAUAUGAACAGACGCCAAAGACCAGUGUUAGUGUUUACUACAAUUUAAGAAACUUAUAUGAUCUUUUGGCAUCCUUGACUGGGAACAUAAGACUUGGCAUAUAUCUCUAUAGAACGAAGCUGUAUCAUGUAUAUAGAAAAGAAUUUGUAAAAUGUAAAAAUGUAACUAAGAAAAUGACUUGCUGAAGUGUGACACAUUGAUGAAUGUAGAGCCCUUCUACAAAUACAUUUAUCCCAGAUAAAAAAAAAAAGUUUACAAUAAUUCUGUGGACUUAUUUAUGACUGAUGUACUAAUUAAACAUAUUUUGCUUGACCAUGUGUUUUAUACUUAUGCAAGUGAUAUCUAUUUUAGAGACCAGCAUUAAAAGUUUUAGACCCUUGA